AUGGAAGAAACAAGCCCAACACAUCCUGAACCAGGGGAAGGGUCAGGGCUAGGAAAAUCUUCUCGGGCCAUUCAGGCUGGAGCCAUCACUGAGUUCCUGAGGUGGGCCUCACCGCAGCAUGGUAGGUUUGAGAGACAGGAUGGGAUGCCACCACAUGGAGAAGCCCAGUGGCAAGAAAUUCUCAGAACUGUGCAGUCUUCUCAUUCAGGAUGGGCAACUUCUCAAAUGCCAGAGCUGCCUCCAUGGGAUGACUUGUCCACAUUUGAGCAGGUGGCAAAUGCCUGCCAGUGGCCCCGGGGAGAAAGCAUGACCAAAAUUGUGCCAAAUCUUAGUAGAGAAGCACAGCAGGCCUUUAACAGCCUCGAAGCUAGAGAUAGGGGAGAGCAUGGGAAGAUGAAGGUGGCCAUUUUACGGGGGGGCAUUGUAAGCAUGGAGACACACCGCCGGCAAUUCCGCCAAUUCUGCUACCAGGAGACCGAAGGACCCCGUGAAGCGUGCGGCCGUUUGCGGGAACUGUGUCAUCGUUGGUUGGAGCCAGAGAGCAGGACAAAGGAACAGAUCCUGGAGCUCCUCAUCCUGGAGCAGUUCUUGUCCAUCCUGCCCAAGGAAAUCCAAAACCAGGUUCAGGAACGGGGGCCGGAGACCUGUGCCCAAGCUGUGGCCCUGGCAGAGGGUUUUCUGCUCAGGCAGCAAGAAGGGGGGAAGCAGGAGCAACAGGUAAUGGGAGCAACCCAAGCAGGGGGAGCAAAUUGUUCUGAGACUCAGCGGCCUCCAGGCAAUACCAGGUCAAGGCAAAGCUACAAAGAAACCCGGCAGCAGGAUAAUGGGAAUGCCAGCUCUCUGGGUGCCAAGUUUUUGGGAAGAGCUGGACAGUAUUUCCAGUGUCCAGACUGUGGGAAAAGGUUUAGGGGAGAGGAAGAGCUCCGAGCUCAUGGUGGCAUCCACAGGAAGGACAGACCCCAUGCCUGUGCUCAAUGUGGGAAAAGAUUCACCCGUCCAUCAGGCCUAGCCAAACAUCUGAAGACUCAUUCUGGAGAGAAACCCUAUCACUGUGGCCAGUGCCCAAAAAGUUUUAUUCAGAUGUCACACCUCACCAGGCAUCAGAGAAUACACACUGGGGAGAAGCCCCACCCCUGUGCCGAAUGUGGGAAGCGCUUCAACUGCCCAUCAGACCUGGCCAAACACCAGCACAUCCACACUGGAGAGAAACCUUUCCGCUGUUCUGAGUGCGGGGCAAGAUUUAACCAGUUCUCACACCUUACAAGGCAUCAGAGAAUCCACACAGGAGAGAAACCUCAUGCCUGUACUGAAUGUGGGGAAACCUUUAGUCAGCGGGCACAUCUUAUCAGCCACCAGAGAAUUCACACAGGGGAGAGACCCUAUCGUUGCACCUAUUGUCAGAAAUGCUUCAGUCACCUCUCAGCUCUUACAGUUCACAAGAGGAUCCACAUGGGCCAAAGGCCCUACGGCUGUCCUGAAUGUGGGAAGAGGUUCAUUGCUUCAUCUGCUCUAACAAGGCACCAGAGGACCCACUCAGAAGAAAGACCCCAUACCUGUGAUGAAUGUGGCAGGCGAUUCAAUCAGCUCUCUCACCUUCACAGGCACCGACGGACCCACUCAGGUGAGAGGCCCCACAGUUGUGCCGAAUGUGGGAAAAGAUUCAAUCAACUUUCCUCUCUCACCAGGCACCAGAAAAUCCACACAGGAGAAAAGCCGUAUCCCUGUGAUGAGUGUGAGAGGAGGUUCAUUCGGCUGGCUGACCUCAUCAUCCACCAGAGAAUCCACACAGGAGAAAAACCGUAUCGCUGCACGGUCUGUGGGAAGAGGUUCAGGCAGAGACAAACGCUGGUCAAGCAUCAGAGACUUCAUCCUAUAGGAAAUUCAUAA